AUGGGUUCAUUCACAACCAAGGAUGGUAUCACAGCUGCAGUCGAUGCGUUAAAUACUGCCAUGCGUGCUUUGGAAGAGGCACCUGCAGGUGCCGAUGAGGCUAUUGCUCGUCGAAAUCUUCGUCUGGAAGCCACAAAACUCGCAAUGUCACUCGGUGACCCGAACGAGGACGUGUGGCCCCGUAUCUUCCAAGUAAAUGUGAGCGUCGCUAUUGAGAUUGUCACGAACUUGGGGCUCUGGGAUGCUUUCGCUGGUGGAGCUACAGUGACCCUUAUGGGAGUUGUCGAAAGAUCUGGCGCCGAUGAGAUGAUGAUCAGUAAGUUCUCUGAGCAAGAGACACCACGGACAGUAUUCCUCGCCUCCGUCCCAGAGCUUACACAUCCGUUAGUCCGCAUCAUGCAACAGCUGACUGCCGCUGGCAUCUUGGCCGACAUGCCAGGUCCUGGAUACAGGGUGACGAGUGUUGGACGGCCCUACCUGGACCAGACUCAUCGGGCAUUCAACAGUUUUGUCCUACAGGAGGUAAUACCUUCUGUCUGUGCGAUGCCUCGGACAUUGGCCGAAAGAGGAUACAAAUCGCCCACCAGCGACUCAGGUACUCCUUUCAAAUGGGCCAACGGGGAGGAGUUGUGGACAUUCCUUGGAUCACAUCCCCAGCGCGCGCAAAACAUGGUGAUGGGUAUGAAGUCUCUCAAUACCGGGUCACUUGCCGGGGAUGCCUACCCUUUCGGCGAGGAGCUCGCGAAGCUGGACAUCAAAGCUGACGAGGUGGCCAUUGUUGACAUUGCUGGCGGCCAAGGCCACAUCAUGGACGAGGUCCAUAAGCUGAAUCCGCAAUUAAAGGGUCGGAUCAUCGUGCAAGAUUUGCCCUCGACAUUUGAGGCGGUGCCUGGCCCACCGAAGGGAGUCGAGUUCAUGCCCUACGACAUGUUUACCCCGCAGCCGGUCAAAGAUGCCCAUGUCUACUACUAUCGGCAUAUCCUCCACGACUGGAAUGAUACUGACGCCAGCCGCCUCCUUCAGCAGUUGGUGCCCGUGUUGAGAGCACAACCUUGGAGCAAGUUGCUCAUCGUGGACAUGGUGCUUCCGGAUGUGAACGUGGGGAUGCUGGAGGCGGUAAGAGACAUCUCCAUGUUUCCUAUCGGGGGACUGGAAAGAAAUGAGAGACAGUGGAGGCAGCUGCUGGCAGAUAAUGGAUUGAAAAUCCGAAAGAUUUGGCGAGGAAGUGAGCCUGAAGCUUGCAUUGAGUGUGAACUUGCUUAG